CAUCAAUAGAAUUAAUAUUAAUCUUUGCAAUCGAAUAUACUUAAAUAACAAAAAAAUUGUUGAUUCAAAAGUUUCGUUGCUUAAGAAGAGAUUAUAGUGCACAUAAAAGACCAAAUACUCAAUCUAUUUGAAAAAUUUUACGGAUAUUAUAGGCUCACUAUAUCCAGCUCACUCUGGGAGGGGCUCCGAAAAUCGAAGAGGUCAUAAUUAUUUCAAAUGCUUUGGAUUCGAAACCAUAAAAUGAACGACUAUGUGUUAAACCCAUGAUUUGCUAGCCGGUUCAUACAGGAAGUCCGAAAGCGUUUUGUUCAGGAGUGGGUGGUUUGCCUGGUUUGAUGACGUAUUCCGACUUAGAAAUUCUUUGUGAAUAACAAAAGACAAUUAAUCAAUAUUAAAGUUGCAAAAUCGAUUCGGGUUGGGUUUUCAACAUGACCACUACUGCCACAUAUAUUGCUGUAAUAACGGUAUUGUUGAUCAGUACUUCUUUGAUUGAGGCAACAUUAUACCCAAGAAAGGGAGGACGUGUUCCGAAAACAAAACCGGCUAAACCUUUAAAUUUACUGGCUGGACCACAAGAUGAGUCGGUGUUCGAUCGAAAGUUAAUAAAUAUGCGUCCACAUCCACAAGAAAUAUUAGAAAGCAAUGCAGCAUAUUACAAGGAUACAACGUUGAGAAACUUUAACGGUACAGUCCUUGGCUACGUAACAGCGUGGAACUCACAUGGCUAUGAUGUGGCAAAAAUUUUUGCGCGGAAAUUCGAUAUUAUAUCACCGGCUUGGUUUCACAUAAUUAAAGAUGGUGAUGAAUAUAGGCUAACCGGUGUACAUGACAUUGAUGGAAAUUGGAUGCGUGAAAUACGGCACAAUGGAAAGAAAGAACGCGGCACACUAAAGGUUUUCCCACGUUUCUUAUUUGACAAAUUCACAGAACGCGACUUUUCGCGUUUGUUGAGCUUCGAAGUUGAAAGAAUACGUCUGAAUGAAAUGUUGAUAAACAGUUGUAAAAAAUACAAAUUCGAUGGUAUUGUCCUGGAAUUUUGGACGCAACUUGGGGGUCGGGUAGACGACAAAUUUCUCAUCACAUUGGUGCAGGAAAUGAGCGAUGCAAUGAAAAAGGAAAACUUACGCUUAAUACUUGUUAUACCACCCUAUCGGAAGGAAGUACCAAAUUUAUUUACUGAUAAACAUAUAAAUCAACUAUAUAAACAUGUAUAUGCUUUCUCGCUGAUGACCUACGACUAUUCGAAUGCACAAAGACCGGGUGCCAACUCGCCGUUAUACUGGGUACGUCAGUCGGUGGAAUUAUUAGCACCACCUGAAACACAUGAUAUUAAAACGAAACGGCGGAAAAUUUUAUUAGGUCUCAAUAUGUAUGGCAAUGAUUACACACCGGACGGUGGUGGUCCAAUUGUAGCCGGGCAGUAUUUGGAACUUUUAAAAUUUAUGAAAAAGCGUUUGGCCUACGAUGAAUUAGAUGUUGAAAAUUAUUUCGAAAUCAAAGCCGAUGAUGGUCGACAUAUAGUUUUCUAUCCAAGUCUAUAUUCAGUUCACGAACGUAUUAAGCUUGCCCAAGAAUUGGGUACUGGCAUAUCUAUUUGGGAAUUGGGUCAGGGUUUAGAUUAUUUUUAUGAUCUAUUUUAGUGCUGUUUAAUGUUAAACGAAAAUGAAUUUAUAAGCAAUAUUAUUUUGAUAAUAAGCAAAUUUUCCCGCUUAACAAAGAUUUGUAAAAAAUGCAAAAUAUGUACAUUCCUAAAAUAUAUAUUCACUUAAGCACACAAAUAGAAAAAUGCGGAUUCAAUAUUACCAAUAAAUUAUGAAACGACAUUAAAAGACUCUUACUCAUAAU